AUGAGCUCCCCCAUCGGCAAGAGCCGCUCCCUUGCCGCCUUCCUACAGGAGCUGCGCGGCCUGGGGCAGCCCCCCAGACCCGUGACAUCUACGGCGUGCGCGCCCCGUCGGCCGCGGGAGGUGCCCCUCUGCCCCAUGAUGGAACGGGGCGAGGCGCAAGACGCGGCCGCCCUGCCCGGUCCCACCAAGUGGCCACUGCUGGGCAGUCUGCUGGAGAUUCUCUGGAAAGGAGGGCUCAAGAAACAGCACGACACGCUGGCGGAGUACCACGAGAAAUAUGGCAAGAUUUUCCGCAUGAAGCUGGGUUCCUUCGACUCGGUGCACUUGGGCUCGCCGUGUCUGCUGGAAGCGCUCUACCGCACGGAGAGCGCGUACCCCCAGCGGCUGGAGAUCAAACCGUGGAAGGCCUAUCGCGACUAUCGCGAGGAGGGCUACGGACUGCUGAUCUUGGAAGGAGAAGACUGGCAGAGGGUCAGGAGGGCCUUUCAAAAGAAACUAAUGAAACCAGUGGAAAUUAUGAAGCUGGACAACAAAAUCAAUGAGGUCUUGGCUGAUUUUACAGGUAGAAUAGGUGAGCUCUGUGAUGAGCGAGGCUGCAUUGAAGACUUGUACAGCGAGCUGAACAAAUGGUCAUUUGAAAGCAUCUGCCUUGUGCUAUAUGAGAAGAGAUUUGGGCUCCUUCAGAAGAAUGCAGGUGAUGAAGCUUUGAACUUCAUCAUGGCCAUCAAAACAAUGAUGAGCACGUUUGGGAGGAUGAUGGUCACGCCAGUCGAGCUGCACAAGAGCCUCAACACCAAGGUCUGGCAGGCGCACACUCUGGCCUGGGACACCAUUUUCAAAUCAGUCAAAUCUUGUGUUGACAACCGGUUAGAGAAAUAUUCUGAGCAGCCCAGCAUGGAUUUCAUUAGUGAUAUUUACCACCACAAUCAGCUUUCAAAGAAGGAAUUGUAUGCGGCUGUGACGGAGCUCCAGCUGGCUGCGGUGGAAACGACAGCAAACAGCUUAAUGUGGAUGCUCUACAAUUUAUCUCGUAAUCCCCACGUGCAACAAAAGCUUCUUAAGGAAAUUCAGAGUGUACUGCCUGAGAAUCAGAUGCCACGGGCAGAGGAUUUGAGGAAUAUGCCAUAUUUGAAAGCCUGUCUGAAGGAAUCUAUGCGGCUUACCCCGAGUGUGCCAUUUACAACUCGGACUCUUGACAAAGCAAUGGUUCUGGGGGAAUAUGCUUUACCCAAAGGAACAGUAUUGAUGCUAAAUACCCAUGUGUUGGGGUCCAAUGAAGAAAAUUUUGAAGAUUCAAGUCAGUUUAGACCCGAACGAUGGCUUCAAGGCAAGAAGAAGAUCAACCCUUUUGCCCAUCUUCCAUUUGGCAUUGGGAAAAGAAUGUGCAUUGGUCGCCGAUUAGCCGAGCUCCAGCUCCACUUGGCUCUCUGCUGGAUCGUCCGCAAAUAUGACAUCGUGGCCACGGACAAGGAGCCUGUGGAGAUGCUGCACUUGGGCAUCCUGGUACCUAGCCGACAGCUCCCCAUCGCUUUCUACCAGAGAUAGGAGGCCUCAGAUUUUUUUUUUUUUUACUAAGACCACGAGCAGCAAUUUUUACCCUUUUGCAAGAAUGAGGCUUUGGGCUUCUGCCUGGCAGGAAAGCAAACAUCAAAAACCUGAGCAUGAAACAGCAUGUAAAGAACAUUCAGUCCCAGGUGUUUAUACUCCUUCUUCUGUACAAUUGUUCUAGAAGCUGUACUGUCUAUGUAGCUGAUGGUAUUUAUUAAGAUGGUAUCUGGCUCAGGGAAAGCAGAUUGUUGGAAUACCAGGCACCCUACAGGGUAUACUGCCUGCUUACUCGUAACUGACAUCAGCACCAUCCUGACUUACACAGAAUUGCUCAUCAUCCUGUUUUCUCUUGUAUAGGGCAGUUGGGCACUUAUCCGUUGGUCAGGUAAAAGUCACUAAAUGUUUCUGUCCUAGCUUUACCAGGUUCACUGCUGGAAUCUUCACUUCUCAGAAGUUUACAUUUCACAAUGAAAGACCAACUAUACCUAGAUUAUUGGGUGCCCUGUGUAGUAUUGACGAUCCAUUUGUUGUAACUCCGUUUAAUAUAUUGGGGGAAAUACUGCUUAAUAAUAGAAGCAAAACUAAAUAUUGGUUAAAGUUGUCAGGUCCCUAUGAAGCUGGGUUUUUUUUUCUUGUUUUGAAAUAGAAACGUUAUUGGAAAAUUAGAGAAAACCUCUAUGUUAAGAAGUACUUUAAUGAAGUCAAAACCUCCUGUCUAAGAAUGCCUUAAUGAUUUACUGUGGCAUCAUUGUGUUAAAGGAUCCUGAAAUUAUUUAAUUAUGGCAUUGAGUCUAUUUAAUCUAUUAAGGACUGGAUCAGUAGUUUUUAAAUUGUGUGUGUGUGUGUGUAUAUUCUAAUGGCAAUUUGCUACAUCACUUAAAAAUAUAUAUAUGGUAUUUGAUUUAGAAGUUUAGGGCAAUGUUCUAAAGUUUAGUUAUGGCUUAAAAAUAUUCAGUGACUUUCCCCUGCCUUAAUUUUCCCAGCUAUAGACGGGUCAGUAGUAAAGUGUGCAUACAUUAUAGAUUAACUAGGUAAACCAUGUUAUGUGACUUGAACUCCUUGGGAAAAUAUGAU